UAAUUAUCACUGAUGGUAUAGUGUUUGAUUCUCUAUAUGUUUCAAAACGUUCGUUAUCUUUGAUAUUAUUUUUUCAUCUUAAAUCUACAUUUUUUCCUAGUUUUACUCGUGUAACCUUCGAGAUUAACAAAAAUGUAUUUACUUGUGAAUUUUUCACUUAUAAAACAUUUAUCAUUUUUCUACAUUCAAAAUUUCAAGUUAAAUAUUUAAAAACAACUUUGCAAAGAAAGAUAAAAAGGAUGGAAAAAAUAUUACUUAUAACGGUAUUUUGCGUUCUUGUUACUGUUCCAAAGUUCAGCUGUCGAUUUCUAAGCAAAAGUAUUGAAGGAUUACCUAAAGUUGAUAAAAAAGCUCCAAUAGUUAAACUACAAUAUAACAAUGAUAGGAUAUAUCAAAAUGAUAAGCGUGAACAAAAUAAGGAUGGUAGAAAAGAAAAAGAACGAAAUAAAAAGGAUGAAGAAAUCAUUAAAAAGUCACAUGAAAAAAAUAAAGAUUUAGAAGAAUAUGAAAAGAAAGGAAAUGAAUUAAAGCAAAUAUUAUUAAAAGAUCCACAUUCUGAGCGUUGGAAAAUAAAACAGGACAAGAUGGAAAACAGAUAUUCCAAUGAAUUAAAAGAGAAAAUGAAAAAAAAUGGCGGAGUCUUAUCAACAGUUGAUAAAGAUCAAUUUGAAAAUGAUUAUGGAAGAUUCAGGAACCGAUCUUCUAUCAAUGCUUAUGAUCUUUUACAAAUAAUUAACAAAGCAUUUGAUGUACCUAACCUUAAAGAUGGCGAUAUGCUCAAUACUGAAGACUUUGAUAAUAAAGAAUUUAAAAAAAAAAAAGUAAAAGGAAAGACUCGAACAAAAAAAGAUGCACAGAGGGAUAGAACAUACUUGUGGACAUCACGAAUUGUGCCAUUUGUAAUUGAUUCUAUUUUUGACUCAACUUCAGUAAAUUUAAUUAUAUCUGCUAUGAAAGAGAUUGAGUCAGUGAGUUGCAUACGUUUCAAGCCAUAUUCUUCAGAGACAAAUUAUGUUAAAAUUGUUGCUAAGGAUGGUUGUUGGUCAUCUGUUGGUCGUUUAUUUUGGAUAGAUGGCUUUCAAGAACUUUCAUUAGGUUCUGGAUGUUUGUAUAAGGGAACUAUAAUUCAUGAACUGCUGCAUCUACUUGGAUUUUUCCAUGAACAAACAAGACCAGAUCGAGAUCAAUAUGUUGAAAUAUUUUGGGAAAAUAUUAUAGAAGGACAAGAGAGUAACUUUGAAAAAAAUAGUUAUGAUUAUAUGGAUAGUCUCAAUUCACCAUAUGAUGUAACUUCAAUUAUGCAUUAUGGGAAGUUUUCAUUUGCAAAGAAUGCCGAAAAGUUCACCAUUAUAAGUAACAGUAAUCCAGAUAUAGAACUCGGAUCAAGGAAUAAUUUAUCAUCUUCAGAUAUCUCACAACUGAAUACUUUGUAUGAUUGUUCAAACUCUGGCACUGGUUGGAGUAAUUGGUCAGAUUAUGGACCUUGUGAUUCUGAUUGCCAAAAAAAGCGCUCAAGAUUUUGUAUGAAUCCAAUUGAUUCUUCUGCAUGCCCCAAUCCUGUUGUAGAUACUUACAGUUUUUAUGGUAGUGAUGAAGACACAGCAUUAUGUUCUUACACUGAAUGUAAUGCACCAAUUGCUGGAAAUUGGAAUAAAUGGGGAUCUUGGGGUGAAUGUAGUGCUACAUGUAAUACUGGAACAUUUUUAAGAGUAAGGACAUGUACUGAUCCUGCUCCAAAAAAUGGUGGAGCCCAAUGUGUUGGUGCAUCAACUGAUAUAAAAGAAUGCUAUUUGCGUGACUGCAAUCAAGGACCAUAUGAUUGCACCUUUGAAGUUGAAAGUCAACCAUUAUGUUCUUGGUCAAUAACAUCGAGCUAUCCAUGGUUAAGAUACAAAGGAAAAACACCAUCAUCAAGCACAGGACCUAGUGGCGACUAUACAUCAGGAACAGGUUACUAUGUGUAUUUAGAAGCAUCUGGAAUAAGUCCAGGUGUUCAGGCUAUAAUGCAAAGCUCUUUUAUAUCUCCUGGUCUACAUUGUAUGAAGUUUGCUUAUCACAUGUAUGGAUUAACAACAGGUGAAUUACAAGUAUUUACAACAGAUGAUAUAACAAAAGAAAAAACGUUGUAUUUUCACAAAAUUGGCAAUCAGUUAAAUGAAUGGCAUCCUUAUAGUUUCGAUUUCAAUUGCAUUAAUAGAUGUCAGAUAUCAAUUGUUGCAACUCGUGGUAAUGGUUUCCAAGGAGAUUCUGCAGUGGAUGAUAUUAUUAUUAAAGAUGACUCUUGUGUUCCUGUUUUGAAGCCACAACCUCAACCAAUCUCAAGGGUUGGCUGUUAUAAUGAUGUUGGUUAUAUUGCGGGAAAACGUCUUUUUACAACAUAUGUUAACUAUCGUUCAUUAAUUGACUGGAAUAAUAUGAGUGAUUCAUUAAGAAAUAUUACUAUGUUAUGUUCUGCUUAUGCUAAAGCCAACAGUUUUGAAUACUUUGGUAUUGAAUAUUGGGGAGAGUGUUGGAUGGGUGCAACACAAGAUAUUAAUUAUGGUCGAGAUGGUGAAUCAACUGACUGUUGGCCUUCUCCAGAUGCAAAUUUGGGCCCAAUGCUUGUUGGUAAAGACUUUACCAUUAUGGUAUACAAAUGGAAUAGUUUGUCAAAUUAAGUUUGGUCAAAAGCGUGAUAUCAUAUUUAUUGAAAUACUUCUCGACUUCUAAUCCAAAAAUCUAUUAAUUAAAUAUACACGACAAUCCUAAUAUUAAAUUGUUUCUUCUCAAUACCCCAAAAUUUGUAAUUAAUAUGAAAUAUAAUAUAAUUUGUAAUUUUAUUUAUAUUAAUUUUAUUAUAUGGUGUGAUAACACUGCACAUGAA